CGCCAUUGAUUUCUGUUGUAAGUUUUCAGAACUUUUGCAACAGGUGGAGGGCGUUAUCGAGCCCCAUGUUUCCUGUGUCUUCACCAUCCAUCCGUCACUCCCUGCUUGGCCACUAUCUAACCACCACCAUCACCACCACACCAGCACCAACCCCUAUGCGCAAACCAAACCCAUCUCCCUUAACCCUGGUUUGCACUCACCCCCUAUUCACACGCAGCCACAUUACCCUCAUUAACUCUCCUCUCUCCCUCCUCCACAUUAUUGUAAACACCACAAAGCGCCAAAACCAAAACCAUCCAUGAAUCCGCUCUUCACAUCUGGUCACCACACUGAUUAACCCAUCUACUCAAGAGAGAGAGAAAGAGAGAGGGUUCAUUAUAUUAUGGUAAAAGUAAAAGGAAGCAAGGGGAGAGGAUGGGAUGAGGCGUGAAUGCAGGAUAAACAAAUGUCAUAAAAACCAGACCCUGUAAUCCCAAAAAUCCUUGCUAAAAAUAGAAAAAAUCCAAAAGAAAAAAAAAAUAUAGAGAGAGGAUGGGUUGGGGGAAGAGAAGAGUGAAAGAUAGUCCACCAUUGAUCUCUUUAACACCAAACCCCACACCCAUUUCGUGAUUGCCGAGCGUCGUCCAUACCCGACCCUAUCUAUCUAUAUCUGCCUGCACACACUCAGACUGAGAGAAAGAGAGCCAACAACUACAGUCACAGAAAACCAAAAGCACUGUGUGUGUCUCUCUAAAACAACCAAAAUAAAAGAAAAAACCCUAAGCUAAUGAUGAUGGAUCAGCGACAGCGAGAGAAACUGCUUCACAAAACCGAGGCCUGUGUCUUCGUGGCAGGUGUUGCUGCCGACCUUCGACUUGUCGCCGCCCCAGGAGACAUCACCAACACCAACAACGUUAACACCAUCACCAACACCACCACCAACGUAUCUCAAUCUCACGGGUCGGGUCGGAUCCACGACGCCAACCACCUUGGUCUCGUCGCUGCGGUUACCAACCUUGGAACUGUUCACAGGAAGAAAAGAUUGCCCAGGCAGCGAAGAUCCACCAUCACCACCUCCACCAACACCCCCACCUUCUUUCUCCAGAAGCACCACUCCGACAACACUCUCCCCUCUAAGCAGUACGACCCUAAUUUAGCAUCUUCAACUCCUUCCGCCUCCUCUCUCCAGUCCGUUAAACCCUCCACUCCUCUCCGCCUCGCCGCACGUGAAAUCGAUCAUAGAAACUUGAAGUUCCUUUUCAAAAAGGAGUUAAAGAACAGUGAUGUUAGCUCCCUAAGGAGAAUGGUAUUGCCGAAGAAAUCAGCAGAGAGUUUUCUUCCAGCCCUGGAUUCAAAAGAAGGAAUUAUGCUCAACAUGGAUGACAAAGAUGGUACUCAUGCAUGGAAUUUCAAGUACAGGUUUUGGCCUAACAACAAUAGUAGGAUGUACGUACUUGAAAAUACCGGAGAUUUUGUCCGCACACAUGGCCUUCGAUUUGGAGAUACAAUUAUGAUUUACCAACAUAUUGAAAACGAUAACUAUGUUAUUCAGGCUAGAAAAGCUUCGGAAGAAGAUGAAUUUGUGGAACAAAGUAGUGAGAUUUUGAACGACAUGUUCCCGAGUGACUUGGAGGUGAACAAACCAGGUUGUUUCAACAUAAACUAUCCUCCAGCGAAUGAUACUGGCAUGUCGUUCAUAUACGAGACUACUCUCUCAAAUGACUCCCCACUUGACUUUUUGGGAGGAUCAAUGACGAACUUUUCAAGGACUGGACCAGUUGAAACUUUUGGUUCUGUUGAAAAUUUGUCCCUCGAUGACUUCUAUUAAACCAUGGUACUAAAGUGUUUUUCUUUUGAUGUCUACUGAUGAACAUGGGAGGAUUUGAGUCGAAUAAAAGAGUAGCCAGUGAGCAUGUUUUGUGUUCCUCUCUCUCUCGAACA